GCUCAAUGCGCGUUACCUUCAGCAAGAAAUCUGCAGAGAAGCUGCGCGCCCCCUUUACGAGUUCGUUGUGGUUUCGCAUUCUCGCUGCAAACAAUGUGAAGUUGUGUUAUUCAGUGCUUUUUUAAUUGGACAAAAAGGAAGACGAGACGUCGCUUGGAAAACUGCGCUACGUUCGCUUACGUUGGAGUGUUAUUUGGAUUUAUUUCGGAAACUGUCGGAUGGGUUCCGGUGGCUAACGUUUUUUCAGUCAGGAAAUUCACUGCGUUAAACUUAAUUUUACUUUCCACUGUUGAGCAUCAGGAUCGGACCUUUUCGGAAUGUUGCUUCCCGUGUCCUUCUUGUGAGUUUAUCUACCUUGCUAACAUUAAAAAUUGCGGGUGUGUCCAACUCCUGUUGAGUUUCAGCCUAGGCGAGUUUCGUGUCAGUGUAUACAAGACAGGACCAGAAAAGGGGGGGAAGUUAAGUAAUGGAACCGUCAAAGUUUCUGUGCGAUGCUUUGUUUACUUAAGUUUCCGAUUCUAAUUUAUGUAUGAAUAAUAUAGAAAAUAGUUUGGAGUAUUCUCACAUUUUAAAACAACCCGAUUGUUUUUACCCCCUCGUAAACUGGAGAGACGGUGGUUGAAAGUAUUUUCUGAAAGAUUUGGAGAAACUCCGUUCCUGCUGGUAUAGCCUAUAGCUAUGUCAGUUAAGCGUUAUAUGACGUUUUAAAUGUAUUUUAUUUUUAUGACUUUUGCUAACUUGGGCUGUUGCUGUAAUAGUAGCAUAGGUAAUCAUAGCCCAUUUAGUAUGCAUUUUCCAUAAGCUAUUUAUUAAAAUAUACUUGGUAGUGACUGCGAUUAGCUUUAUGCAUAAGGAUAUGUAGGCUAUAGCCUAUAUUGCCUGAAUAUCCUUUGUAAUUAAAUAAUAAUUUUAGUUGUAUUUUCAGCACGAAGCUGAUUGGGUUUUAGUCUGUAAUAAAUUAAGCCUGACAUUUGAUUUAUACUUUGAAAUAAUUAUCUAUAGUUAAAAACAUUUUUGUUGGGAAUAGCCUAUUUUGAAAACUGCUCAUGUGUUCGGAUAGAAGUGAAACAAUAACAGUUUCGUGAGAAGUGGGGAAGAGACAGAAAAAAAAUCUGCAAACUUAGCAGGAAAAGAGGCCAUCGAAAUCACGGAAACCGCUUCGUCCGUUCCCUCGAGUGUACAGUUACAGAUGGAUUUCAUAAAAGCCCCGCUGUUACUGCUACACCUUUUGUGUUAACUUUCUUUUAUUAUUAACAUCGUUUGCCCUGGUCAUCGAAUGCAGCUCCGAUUAUUCACAUUGUUUCCAUUAGAUAGCCUACGUUGUUUUGACUCGUUGCCAGCAAACGUGCUUGGAUAUUGCCAGUGGACAUGUUUCCGUUUUUCAGUUUUCUGAUCAACCUUAAGUUUUCGUAGUGAGUGAAAUCUGGCACGUGUUUUUAUUUAUGAAGCAUUUUAUAUGCUCAUAAAGCAUUAAUUAAAAUCGAGAAUUGGCUAUGUUUCCUUAGACGUCUUUGAAUGCAUAAUGAGCCAUCGUAAUCUCGAGACAAUCUGCAUUUCAAUUUAGAAUCAAUUGAUUUUGUCUGCUUUCUUGCUCCUACGUAACACUGACUUCGACAGACACUGGAAGUGUUAUGUCGCUGGAACCCAUCUUUGUCGUACAAUGGCCUCUUUGGCAUCUAAUUUUUGGAGUUAUUGCCAAAUGUUAAUGUCGAAUAAGCCCAGCAAGGAUUAUAACUGAGAAUGCGCGUCCGGAGUUAGCAGGAUUCUCUCAUUUGCUCAACACCUCAGUUGACGUGAAGACAAAAAGGCACACAGAGAAGAGGUCAACGACCCCUCUACCUGCAACAGUUCGUUGAUGGGUUGCAUUCAAGAGCGGAGCUCCUGAAGUUUUCCACAGUUCGGGAAGGUCGACACACUCCACCAAAAUGAACGAGCGACAGGCGCUCCACUCCAUCAUGAAGGACCUGGUGGCCCUGCAGAUGACCCGACGCCAGCCCCUGCCCGGGUACGACACGGGCAAGCCCAAGACCGCCAGCCCCACCAACCGACAGGAUGAUGUCAGAAUCAAGUUUGAGUUCAGCGGGGAAAGAAGGAUCCUGAUGUUUGGACGGCCGGUGCAGUUUGAUGAGGUCAAGCAGAAAGUGAAGACCGUGUUUGGCCAGCAGCUGGACCUGCACUACAUGAACAAUGAGCUGUCCAUCCCCCUGCGCAGCCAGGACGACCUGGACAAGGCCAUCGACCUGCUGGACCGCAGCUCCAACAUGAAGAGCAUCAAGAUCCUGCUGCUGACCCAGGAGCACAACAACGCCCCCUCCCCCUCCCAUGGCACUGUCUGCAAGCAGGUGCGCAUCAAGGCCUCUCAGUCCACUGGUGAUGUCAACACGGCCUACCAGUCCUCCGAGCCCAGGGGGCGCCAUCUCUCCAGCAGCUCCCAGAACACGGGGCGCAGCUCCCCGCCCCCCGGCUACGUGCCCGAGCGGCAGCAGCGCAUCGCCCGCCAGGGCUCCUACACCAGCAUCAACAGCGAGGGCGAGUUCAUCCCCGAGACCAGCGACCAGUGUGUGCUGGAGCCGUGGAGCAGUGCAGAGAACUCCGUGUCAGGCAGCUGCCAGUCACUCGACAGCAACUCGGACAGCCCCUCCUUCAGGAAAUCCCGGAUGCACAGGGCCAAGAGUUACCCGGACAACCGUCAGGAGUGUUCAGACCGUGAGAACCACAUCUACGAAAAGGUCGUGGCCAAAGGAGGAACGUAUCCGCGCAGGUACCACGUGUCCCUGCAGCACAAAGAUCACAGCGAAGGCCGGCGGACCUUCCCGCGGAUCCGGCGGGCGCAGGGGAACCUCUUCACCCUGGUGCCGUCGCGGCGGGCCCUGAACGACAGCGAGGAGAGCCUGGGCUCGGGCUGGCAGCUGGCGGACGCGCAGGGCCGACUGCGCCCGCAGGACCGCGGCAGCGUGCCCCACAAGUCCCCCAGUGCCCCUUUAACAUGGAGGCGGGGCAAGCUCCUGGGGCAGGGCGCCUUUGGGAGGGUCUACCUGUGCUACGACGUGGACACCGGCCGAGAGCUCGCCGCCAAGCAGGUGCAGUUCGACCCCGACAGCCCGGAGACCAGCAAGGAGGUGAGUGCUCUGGAGUGUGAGAUCCAGCUGCUGAAGAACCUCCACCACGAGCGCAUCGUGCAGUACUACGGCUGCCUGCGGGACCACAACGAGAAAACCCUCACCAUCUUCAUGGAGUACAUGCCCGGGGGGUCAGUAAAGGACCAGUUGAAGGCUUAUGGAGCUUUGACAGAAAACGUGACCCGGAAGUACACCCGGCAGAUCCUGGAGGGCAUGUCCUACCUACACAGCAACAUGAUAGUGCACCGGGACAUUAAAGGUGCCAACAUACUGCGGGACUCUGCUGGGAACGUGAAGCUGGGAGACUUUGGAGCCAGCAAGAGGCUUCAGACCAUCUGCAUGUCAGGCACCGGCAUCCGCUCUGUCACCGGCACCCCCUACUGGAUGAGCCCGGAAGUGAUCAGCGGGGAGGGCUAUGGCCGCAAGGCAGACGUGUGGAGUCUGGGCUGCACUGUGGUGGAGAUGCUGACGGAAAAGCCCCCCUGGGCGGAGUACGAAGCCAUGGCGGCCAUUUUCAAGAUCGCCACGCAGCCCACCAACCCCAUGCUGCCGUCCCACACCUCGGACCACACCCGCGACUUCGUGCGCCGCAUCUUCGUGGAGGCCAAGCACCGGCCGAGCGCCGAGGAGCUGCUGCGACACCCCUUCUCUCAGAUCCUGUGCUGAGGCUCGGGACUCUCGCCUGUGACGCUCAAACCCCCCCUGCCCCUCCCCCUCCCUCUCCCCAGGAACCACCGCAGCCACGCCUGCGCCGCUUCGCCACCGGAGAACAGGGGAGCGAAACCCGGCGGCGAAAGAGACACCGUGCGUCUCCAGCUGUCCACACAAGGGGGCACCGUGAACUUUUCGUAAGCGGCGAGAAGCAGGUUGACAAACUUUACGUGCCAGAAGGGAGCAGUUGUGGCCCAUUUGUCCCGGAAAGGCUGGAUCGUGUCUGCUUUUGACAGACUCCCUUUGUGGUUUUCGAGGACGGCCCUUGCUCCCCUGUCCGUUUAAGUGCCUUAGUUACCCACAGAUCCUUGCUGCUGGGGGUGCGCUCGUUUGAGCUGACAGCAUCUGCAAGGUGGACAGUGUACAUAUGUACAUAUUUAUAUUUGUUGCUUUUCGUAUGUAUAAAAUGGCUAAAGUCCCAAAGCUAGCUGUUUGGCUUCAGCUCUGUGGCCCAGGUGGGCUCCGUCAGUGUUGCCAGGUGUGCGGAUACACACCCAGUCUCCGUUACGUCCUCCCGUCCUCUCACCAGUCAGAGACUUCCCUCGCUGCUGACACAGCUUUGCACUCCAAUAUGGCAGCCCUCUGAAAUAAUCUACGGAUAUACUAAACGUCGUUUCUUCUUUUUAUUCAUUCCUUUAUUUUAUUUUUUUUUAUUCCUUUUCAUUUAUUUAUUUUGUUACAAUUUGGCAACUCAAGUAGGAUGAGACCCAAAGUAGGAUCAAAGUAGGAUUUUUCACCUCAGUCUCCCAAGUCUUUCACUUGAGUACUAUCCUGACCCCUGUAUGACACGUGAGCACCCGACUGCAGCAUCCUGAAGGUGGGGCUGUGGUUACUGUGGUGUACUGCGUUCAGCAAUCAGCAGAGGCAGGGGUCCUGAGACCUACCUACCUACCACAGCCUUACAGCGGAUGGAUGACUGUGCCUUAAACCCCUUUUCUGUUCGCCAUUCCUCUAUCACAAAGAGAGACUAGAGGGGGUUGGGCCUGCUUGCCCCCUUCCAGUCCUCUGCUUUGUUCCUAAGCUCUCGGGAUUAAAGUUUUCUCCGCAGUCUUAAGUGCCGAAGAGUCUCACAGAAAGACGAGAGAGGGAAGCAGAGAGCACAUUCUCUUCCCUGACGACCAAAUGACCGGGAAAGGUGAUCAAAUACAGAGUCACGUUAAAUGAGUGUUUGCUCUGUACCGAGAGGUUUUCUUUAAGGAAAAAAAAAAGUGUUUUGGGUAGGCGCUUCAGAAAGCCACCUAUGUACUGUCCAUUUGAUGGAAAGGGCUAGUUUAUUGAGACUAGCCCCUCUCGUAUCAACACUCCAUUAACUUUAUUUUGUUUUCCGUGUGUGUGUGUGUGUGUGUGUGUGUGCCUGUGUGUACGUGUGUGUGUGUGUGUGUGUGUGUGUUAUUUUGGUUUGAAAUGCACUUUUUUGAGUAAAUGAAUGUUUCCCUUUUUUUUAUUCUUGUUUUUUCUGUUUCAGUCUUUUAUCAUUUAAUGUGAAGUUUCAUUUAUUUAUCUCCCCUUGUUCAUUAAGUGGAUUUUUUUUUGCUAUAAAUAUACAUGUCUAAAUAUAUUUUUUAUAUAUUGACUCUAGACUGUUUUAAAUCUAAUGAUGCCUCUAGAAAAUGACAGAGAAAUGAAAUUGUUGAAGCAGCUGGUUUUGCAGAGAUUCCACCAUGGAUUUAUUAACAGUAUAAAGGUCCAGGUGAGAACACACUCUGAAUAUCCUGUUCGCUCUGUGUUGUGCACAUAUGCCAUGGGUCAGUUAUAAUGGGUCUACUCAGCCCUGUAGGACUAUGUUUCUAUAUUGUCUACAGUCUUUUUUUUCACCCACUUCUCUAGCCCUUCUCUUGUUUGAACCAUUUUAGCUCCCAAUUUUUGAGUGCUGGCAGGCUAAAAGAGAUUAUAUUUUUCCAGAACCAAAAAUCAAGUUUUGUUCAGAGCAUUUCCUUGGCAAUACAGAUGCUGUAAUUCCUUGCGAUUAGGGAGUCUCUGCUCUGUACAGUAGUAAUGGCCAAUUGAUUCAGCAAUACUUACCCUAAAACCAGAAGGAUGUGGGCUCAAAUCCUAACUAUGUAAUAUCCGAGAUUUCUUUUAAUAGAGACCCACCACCACUCUACUUAAGUGUUAUUAAAAGGGGACAAGAGUUCAGAAGUUGAACCGUGCAGAACCGUACAGGCAAAACCUGAAUCUGCAGUCGAGUCCCCCGCCACAAUUUCCGACGGAACUGAGCCAAUCGGGAGAUUUCAGAGUGUGCUUCCUUCCACCCGGCGUGACGAUUUUGUUUAGCCCAGGGCUUGUGUGACGGAGCCCCUCCCACUCGGAGGCCAGAGUUACAGGGGCGGAGCAAUGCGUCUGUCUCUGGGCUGAGACGCAUCAUCCCCUGGAUAAAACUAAUGUUGUGUGGCUGCUACAUUCAAGGGCAAAUGAUCAGUAUUACAGAUGUUCCAGUGAAAUCAAACCAAAGGAAUGCCUUUUUUGCACAAGAAACCCUGGGGUAAUCAAAAGAAUAUGAACCAGUAGUUUAUAAUGUAAUAUGAAUAUAUGUAUAUAUAAUAUGUAUAUCGACUGGGGACUUGCAGUGCAAAGUCCGGUGUAUCAAAUUUAUUUACAAUAAAAAUGAAUUAUAUGUUUA